GGAAGUGAGUCAGUGUCCGCGGACCCGGCCGGCCGAGGCCCCAAGAGGCCCCGGCCCGGUGGCGCCGUCGGCGGCCAUGGCUGGGGGCCCCGGCCCAGGGGACCCCGCGGCCCCCGGCGCCCAACACUUCUUGUACGAGGUGCCACCCUGGGUCAUGUGCCGCUUCUACAAAGUGAUGGACGCCCUGGAGCCCAGUGACUGGUGCCAGUUCGCCGCCCUUAUUGUGCGAGACCAGACCGAGCUGCGGCUGUGCGAACGCUCUCGGCAGCGCACUGCCAGCGUCCUAUGGCCCUGGAUCAACAGAAAUGCCCGUGUAGCCGACCUCGUGCACAUCCUCACGCACCUGCAGCUGCUUCGCGCGAGGGACAUCAUCAUGGCCUGGCACCCUCCCGUCCCCCUCCCACCCUCCAGCACGAGCAAACCGGGAACCAGCAGCAUCUCUGAGCUCACUGAAGACAAGGCCCGCAGCCCCCGGAAGUUGCAGUCAUCAGCUUCCACUCUCCUCUCUCCAGCUCUUCCAGGCUCCCAGACCCAUUCUGGGCCUGAGUGCAGCCCUGUCCCAAGCCCUGCUGCCCUACAGCCACCACCACCGUCUCUAGCCUUUUCUCCUACCAAGCAGAGCCCAGAGAAUCCAGUGUCCCUCCUGCAAGGGACCCACCCCUCUCCAUUCUGUUGGCCCCUCCACGAGAUUUCCCAGGGCACCCGCAACUUCUCAGAGGAGCUGAAGAUCGGGGAGGGCGGCUUUGGAUGUGUGUACCGGGCUGUACUAAGGAACACGGUGUAUGCUGUGAAGAAGCUGAAGGAGGAGGCAGACCUGGAGUGGACCACUGUGAAGCAGAGCUUCCUGACUGAAGUGGAACAGCUGUCACGGUUUCGUCACCCAAAUAUCGUGGACUUUGCUGGCUACUGUGCUCAGAGUGGUUACUACUGCCUUGUCUACGGUUUCCUGCCCAACGGCUCCCUAGAAGACCACCUCCACUUCCAGACCCAGGCCUGUUCCCCUCUCUCCUGGCCUCAACGCCUGGAUAUCCUUUUGGGCACAGCCCGGGCAAUUCAGUUUUUACAUCAGGACAGCCCCAGCCUCAUCCAUGGAGACGUCAAGAGUUCCAACGUCCUUCUGGAUGAUAGACUGAUGCCCAAACUAGGAGACUUUGGCCUGGCCCGUCUCAGCCGUUUUGCAGGGGCCAACCCUGGUCAGAGCAGCACCGUGGCCCGGACUCGGACCGUGCGCGGCACCCUGGCCUACCUGCCCGAGGAGUACAUCAAGACCGGGAGGCUCGCUGUGGACACGGAUACCUUCAGCUUUGGCGUGGUAAUUCUGGAGACCCUGGCUGGCCAGAGGGCUGUGAGGACACAUGGUGACAAGACCAAGUAUCUGAAAGACCUGGUUGAAGAGGAAGCUGAGGAGGCUGGGGUAUCCCUGAAGAGCAGCCAGACCACACUCCAAGAGGGUCUAGCUGCAGAUGCCUGGGCUGCCCCAGUUGCCACCCAGAUCUACAAAAAGCACCUGGACCCUAGGCCUGGGCCGUGCCCACCCGAGCUAGGCCUGGCCCUGGGCCAGCUGGCUUGCUGCUGCCUGCACCGCCGGGCUAAGAGGAGACCCCCCAUGACCCAGGUAUACGAGAGGCUGGAGAAGCUUCAGGCAGCAGUGGCAGGACCAUCCCUGGAGCUAGAGGUCGCCGGCCGCAGCCCCCGUUGCCCACAAGAGAACUCGUACAUGUCCACCCCCAGCAAUGCCAGCCCCUGUCAGCCCCUGGCAGUACCCUCAGGAGUCCCAGCCCAGGCUCCAGAGCGGCUCCAGAGCGGCUCCAACCAACCUGUAGAGAGUGACGAGAGCGUGUCUGAUCUGUCUGCUGCCCUGCAUCCCUGGCACCUGACUGCGAGCUGCCCUGAAGGCCCAGCCCUGCCAGAGAGCCCCGGGCAAGCGGCUGCCACGUGGGCCCCAGCGCCCCUUGAGCAGGCCAGCUGUACUCAAGAGGGUCCCGCCCAAGAAUUGACAUGGGGGAGCAGCCCAGAGCCCCGGUCCACAGCUGUGGAAGGAUCAUUCCUGGGCAGCUCUGCGUCAUCACGGCCACUGCAGAUUGUCAUCAACCCAGCCCGACAGAAGAUGGUGCAGAAGCUGGCCUUAUACGAGGACGGGGUCCUAGACAGCCUGCAGCUGCUAUCGUCAAGCUCCCUCCCAGGCUUGGGCCUGGAACACCAACACAGGCAGGGCCCGGAAGAGAGUGAUGAAUUUCAGAGCUGAUCUGUUCACCUGGGCAGAUCCCCCAAACCUGGAAGUCAAAGUUCUCAUGGUUGGAAGUUCUCAUAGCACGUGAACCCUCAGGAGCCCGUGGGCAGUAGGGGCGGGGGCCCCAGCCUCACAGGGGAGAGCAGAUGGUAGCCCCUGUGCUGUAGGGGAAGGGGCGCAGGCCGGGUUCAGAGCCACCCGGGGCAGCUGCUGGAAGCUGUCGGGAGGGCAGGACACCUCAAAGGCCUGCCUUCAGUCCAGCACUUUGGGGAGAGGAAAGCCAAUGUCAUCAGAGGAGUGUGUGGGGGAGAAAUGUAUGUCUGAAGGCUGCUGGCAGCACAUGCCAGACAGGAGAGGUGAGUGGGACCAUUGGUACAAUGGGAUAUAGCUGGGAGCCGGCUCCCUGAGAGUUGGGCGAGGCGUUUGCAGCCCAGGCCUACAACAGCAGCCCUUAACCCUUCUUUUUGUAUUUUGCUGAAGCCCUAGGGGAAAGCGGCCACUCUGCAGAAUAGAGCAGAUAAGGCCUGGGGUCCUCCCAGCCACUUGUAAUAGGGAAAAGUGGGUUGUGACCCUCCUGCGGUUCAGUCCGCUAGCUAGAAGUAAGAGUUCUGAGAUACCCCAGAGAGUUCCAGCAGUGUCCCCGUCAGGCCAGUGUCCGCAGGCUUCCUUGAGCAGCUGGGAGCGAGCCUCACGUGCCUGCCUGCCAGCCAGGCCGCCCCUGGGCGCUGUGGACAGGCGCCAAACCAAGUCGGGCUCCGGAGGCCACAGGCUCAGCAUCAGACCCAGGCACUGAUUGUGACAGAAGGGCCACUUCCCAAGGUUUGCCUAGGCCUGAGUCCUGUGUUACCCAGACAGUGAGAAGCCCCAAGGCAAGAAGUUGGGAGCAAGGCAGAAAAGAAGGAAAAGGAAACUGAGACUCGUGAGGUUUCAGGAACAAGUGAGAUUUCAUGUAACAGUGCCUUCGAAAGUUAGCCCAGGGCUGUAGCAUAGGCUUACAAUGAUUUUGUGUCCACAAUCAUGAAUCACACUACAUGCCUCACAAAGCUAGGCAUUGGUGAAGUCCAAGUUGUACUGGAGUAAUAAAAGCUAUGUUUCAA